GGCAGCUGGUAACCGCAGUCACCAUGACACAGUUCCCAAAGGGUUGGGAGGUUGACUUCUCUUCUAGCUCCGGGCAGACUCCAAAUGGGAACGUCAGACAGCCGCAUCCUCCCACCCAGGUUAGAGGUGAGAGGUCAGAGGCGGCGUCCCUUCUCUGUUCCCAGUUUUUGGACUUCAGGCCCAUCUAUGGAACAAGAUCUGAGAACUACAGUCCAGCCUCAAGCCUCAACUUAGUUGGAGUUUGAAAGACUGAGAGCCUUCUGUAUAGCAGCCUCACAUUGAAGAUAUUUUGACCUUGGCGUCUAGACAUCUCCCAUCUCCCCCAUGGCUCUGAAGAUGCUGAAUGAGCUCCUGAUUGAGGACCCAAGCCCACCUCUGCUGCUCUAUCAGGUUAGCAAGACUGCCCAGUUAGAUACCCUCAACUAUCAGAGCUGCUUUAUGCAGGGUGUCUUUGCCCAUUUCCCUGAGGUUUUAUUUAUCCACCGGACCUAUAACCCAAGGGGCAAGGUGUUAUAUACCUUCCUGGUGGACGGACCUCAGGUACAGCUGGAGGGUCAUCUUGCCCGGGCAGUCUAUUUUGCCAUUCCUGCCAAGGAGGAUGCUGAAGGCUUGGCCCAGAUGUUCCAGGUAUUCAAGAAGUUUAACCCAGCGUGGGAGAGAGUCUGUACCAUCCUGGUGGAUCCCCACUUUCUCCCGCUGCCCACCCUUGCUAUGGAGUUCCCCGCAGCUGAGGUCCUGCUCUCUGCCUUCCAUGUCUGUAAGUUCCUCCAGGGCAAGUUCUAUCAGCUGUCCCUUGAGCAGCCCAUGGAGAGGGCGCUCCUGACCUCCCUGCAGAACACAAUGUGCUCGGCCACAGCUGGGAACCUGAGAAAGUUGUAUACACUCCUGAGCACCUACAUCCCCCCGGCCCAACUGCCAGAGCUCCACUUACACUGGCUGCUCAACGACCGCAUCUGGCUGGCCCACCGCUGGAGAAGCCGAGCCGAGAGCAGCCGCUACUUCCAGGGCCUGGAAGUCACCACCCGCGUCCUCAGCCAGUCCUUUGGCACCACCCCAUCUGUGGAAAAAGGCGUGACUGCUCUGCUCCGAUACAUGCAGCAGAACUCUGGAGACAAGGCAAGUUUCAGCCUGGGCUUGAGUUCCCUGAACCAUCAUGCGCCUUCAGACGUCAGCCCUGAAAGCCCCAAAGUGGAGCAGUUGGUAGAAGCCCACAUCCAGCACUCUCUCAAUGCCAUCUGUACAGGCCCGGCAGCGCAGCUCUGCCUGGGUGAGCUCGCCGUGGUCCAGAAAUCCAUGCACCUCAUCGGCUCCAGUUCAGAAAAGGUGAACAUACAGAUCCUGGAGGACACACAUAGGGUGCAGCCCCAGCCCCCGGCCAGCUGCAGCUGCUACUUUAACCAGGCCUUCCAUCUGCCUUGCCGCCACAUCCUCGCCAUGCUCAGUGCCCGCCAUCAGGUGCUCCAACCUGACAUGUUGCCAGCUCAGUGGCCAGCAGGCUGUGCCACCAGUCUUGAUGACAUCCUGGGCAGCAAGUGGAGUGAGACCCUGGAGAAGCACUUGGCUGUGGCCCUCCUCACUGAGGAGGUGGGUCAGCUUCUGCAGCACUGCAGCCAGGAGGAGUUUGAACGGCGGUACAGCACCCUGCGGGAGCUGGCUGACAGCUGGAUCGGCCCUUAUGAGCAGGUCCAACUCUGAUUACCCUCAGCACCCGGAGAAAUUCAUACAGAUGUAUGUACACACGUCCACAUCCACCCCUGCACCCCCCCCACACACACACUCACACUGUACUUCCACCGGCCCUCCUUCCAGGAAAGGAGGACAAGGGUCUUCUGUUCUGCAGCCUGCUCCCUAAAAUAUGUCUAGUUCCCUAAGACAGGAGUCAGCAAACCGUUCCUGUAAAGGGCCUGAGAGGAAAUAUUCUAGACUUUGCUGGUCAUGUACA